AUGGAAGAUUUUUGGAAGCGCGCCAAAUCCUUAGCUGAAGAAGCGGCGAAGAAAUCUCAAACCCUAACAACGCCGAACAAAAUCGCUGAUAUAGUCGCCGAAACGGCCAAGAUGUCCAGGGAACUUGCUCUUGAAGCCUCCAAGAAAGCCGAUGAAUUCAAAACCACGGCUCUCCAGCAAGCCGAUCAAAUCCAAUUCCAGAGCCUCUCGAAGUCCAUUUCCGAUAUUAUCCCUCCUCAACUCUCAUCCCUCUCCGUUGCUGCUCCCGGUUCAUAUUUCUCGGAUCCUCCGCCAAUAUACGAUUCGGAACUCCGGAAGUUUGGUCUUACUGAUGAUUUGAGAGACUUCGUUAGAGGUUUCACUUCUAGUACUUUCCAGAACUUCCCAUCCUCUGUCCAAGAUGAACCGGAGCCGUCUGAUGCGAGUGCUGCGGGGACCAAUGUACGGAAGGAUCUGAGUGAAUGGCAAGAGAGGCAUGCCACUCUUGUUCUUACUACUGUUGAGGAAAUCAAGAAAUUAAGAUAUGAAUUGUGUCCGCGUGUGAUGAAAGAAAGAAAAUUUUGGAGGAUAUAUUUCAUUCUUGUUAGUACUCAUGUAGGCCUUUAUGAGAAGCUGUACAUGGAGGAAGUUAAACAGAGAGCGAAGCAGGAGGGAGCAAAAGAGGACGAACCCAAGAAAACGGCCAUAACUAAGACAGAGCAAUCGGAAUUUAGUCUGAAAAGUAAAACUUCGAGGGCAUCUACCGAGCAAGAUUUGGAUACAUUUUUGUUGGGAGAUUUUGAAGAUUGUGAUGGUGGUGGUGGAGAUGAUGGUGAUGAUGGGAGCUUUGGUGAUGAUUUUGACAAGGUCGGAAAUUCGGAUGUUGAAGAUGAGAAGAAUGCAGAAGGAACCAACACUUAGCUGCUACAUUGAGAAGACCACCGCAAUGUCGAGAAGAAGACCGUCGAGGGGAUAGCACGAGCAGUUGUUGGUUCCCAAAGUAUGAUCCGGUGGUUCGGAGUCCAGUAACAAUGGUGUAUGCUUACUUUAUACUACAAGAUAUGUGAUUUACUGUUUGUAAAUAUAUCUAGCAUUAUAUACAAAAAGCUGCCUUUGUAUAAAGAAUCUCAUUCUA